UGUCUAUUGCGUAAUUGUGUACAUAAAACUGCACAUAAACAUCACAUGAAAAAUUACGAGUUCAUUUAUACACAUUCCAAGAAUCGUCAUACUUAUAAAUUUCUACCAAACAGGAAGUACUAAGAAUUGAUGGUACGGUACAAAUAUUGAAGGACCUGUUGUUAACAGCUCAUUCGGUCUCAUACAAGGUGCUACAUAUGAGGUUAUCGGUAUCAUGAUAACAAUGGGAAAGGACGACAUCCGGGUGGUGGAGGCCAGACCAUUUAUCCAUCAAGUCGGCGGACGUGCGGUCAUGCUCGAGAUCACACCGGAAACAAUCUGUAAAUUAUACAAGGAAAAAGAGUUCCAGUUUUAUAAACAUAAACCGGAUUAUCUGAAGGAGUUUACGCCACAUUACAAAGGUCUGGUGUCCAUCAAGUGUAGCCAGGAUGGCGAUAUCCCCAUGUUCCAUGCUGAAGUACCUGGAUGUAUCCUACAGAACACAGAUUAUCCAAACAACAUUGAGAAACGGGAGGAGGUGAAAUCUGGACUGGACAACUGGAGUUUGUCCCGUAUACACAAAGAAGUUAAAUACAAAGGAUUAUGCUCCAGUAGUGAUAAGCACGAUUACACCAUGCUGGGAAACCUGGUUGGUUCGCUGAGGAUGCCAUGUAUACUGGAUCUAAAAAUAGGCACCCAACAAACUGGUGACGAUACUACUGAAGAGGAGCGGAGGGUGCGCGAAGAUCGAUCAGCAAAUUCCACUUCCGGAACUAUGGGCAUCCGUUUGAGCGGCAUGCAUAUGUACGAAGCGGAGACUAACACCUACCUAUCGCACAAUAAACACCACGGCUGGACACUCGAUGAUGCUGGCCUUCGGCAGGAGCUCAGACGAUUCUUUCACAACAGUUGCGUCCUCAAUGUCCGUGACAUUACCCGGAUUAUAAAUAAACUGCGCAGACUUCAUCGCAUAUUGUCGAUACAAGAUAAAUUCUAUUUCUUUGGCUCUUCUCUUCUGUUGUUUUACGAUGGUUACCUCAACAAUGAUCAUUGUUCUGACCACUCAAAAGAAGGAACGACACCUUCGGAAAAGUUUGACCAAUCAGAAAAGGGUUUGAAUGUCGAUCAGCCCACAUCAAGUGAUGAGAAAGACAAAAGAAAAAAUGAGGGGGAGGGUUUGAACAGUGUUCAUCUGCCGGAAUGUGAAUAUGACACUAGCACGGCAGACGUCCGGUUGAUUGAUUUUGGUCGUACGGUGCUGAAAUCUGACAUGAAGGAACAUAGUUAUGGGACACAGUUCGAGGAAGGUAUAUUGUUUGGACUCGUGAAUCUCAUUGAUAUAUUACAGUCGAUUGCCGACAAUUAGAUAACACCUACACAUGACAGCAUCCUCGAUAUUCAAGGGUUACACUCACUUUCGUUCUCUGCACACCUUGAAUAUGUCAUAGCAAAAUCGACGUUUCAGUGUGCACCGCCUUGUGGAUGAAACGAAAAGGCUUGUUUGAUCCUUUGAUGUACAUCACAAGAAUCUCGCGGUCGCGUAACGGUAAAACUUUGAAGUCGGGCGUCGCUCCUCUGUAAUCUGCAAAGGACAAGUAUCAGCCUAGUGGUCGGUCAGAUUUGUUUAGCUGACACCAAUCAAAUACUGUAUAACAUUCGUGGUUUUCGUGGUUGCUAUUGCACCUCAGAUCUAAAUACAACUAAUUUGAAUAAAAUACGUAUCUACUGUAUGCUUAUAUAGGAAAAUCACGAAAGUUUGUACUACGAAACAAUCUUAAUGGCUUUAAACCACGAAGGAAAGUACCCACGAACAUUUCGUGUUAUACAGUAUUUAGCCAUGUGCCUUCAGUUUUGCUAUGACAUAUUCCAGGGGUGCACAGAACGAAAGUGAGUGUAACCCCUGGAUAUCGAGGAUGACAUGAAAGUAAGUGAGACUAUAAAUUAGGACUGUGAUGCUAGUAUCUUGGUGCCGCGUAUAUCUGUUUGAGCGGCAACAACGCGAUAUUGCAAGGUUGACGAAAUCCUAUUAUCAAAAUACAUGGAAAAGAUUGCAGAUUGAUUUUCAAUACAUAUCAUACAUAC